UGGGCCCCUUCCAAAAUGGCGGACGCGUUGACGUAUUGCAGUAGCAAGCAAUAGCGGCUAAUGUGGAACAUACAGUUAGUUAGUUCUACGGAAACGCAGUACAGCUCACCAAGAUUAAGCUAUUUUUGGUGUUAAAACCACCUAGAAACAGCAGGGACAAAAGAACAGUGAGCUAAAGUUGAAGUGAGAGUACUGAGGGUGGUGGGAGCUACACCGCUGACAUAUUGAAUGACCGCAGAGAGAGAGAGAGAGAGAGAGAGAAACACAAACUGCACUGCUGUAAACAAGCCCAAACCCCAGCGGUACACACACAGACACCGGGCGAAUGCCUGGAGAGGUCAACACCAUUUCUCCAUUCUGAACUUCACUAAACUCGGUCUAACAACAACAGAAUCGUGCGGUUGCAGAACACAGAGCAGGAGCGGAGUGAAACUGCGGCACACAGGCUGAGUUUACCCGGCUACAGGACCACAGCAGCGGGGGAGGGAGAGGGACCGGCACCGCCGCUCCCACAGUCAUUCAGUGCUAAACAAUUCAAUGAAAAGCGACUCUGUGUUAAAGCACAACAAAAGAGCAGGUGUAAAGAGAACAUCUCCACAGAUCUCUGUGGGCUGACCGCGGUGAGGGAGGGAGUUAAAGCCCGGACACGAUGGCGCUGGAGCUGCGGAGAAGGACCGCGCGGCUGCUGCUGCACCACCACCACCACCACCGAGGCGCUGGGUUGUCUCUCCGCAGGAACUGUGCGGGAAAGUGCCCCAACACCAGGCUGCGCGUCUUGCUCGACAUGGACGGCGUUCUUGCGGAUUUCGAGGGGGGAUUUUUAAAGAAAUAUAGAGAGAGAUACCCGAACGAGCCGUACAUCAGCCUGGAGGAGCGCAGAGGGUUUUGGGUGUCGACUCAGUACGGAGAGCUGAGAGCAGACCUGUGUGAUAAAGCCAUCAGCAUUUGGGAGUCCAAGAACUUCUUCAUGGAGCUCGAACCUCUACCAGGAAGUGUGGAGGCUGUGAAGGAGAUGGCCAAGAUGAAGAAUACAGAUGUCUUCAUUUGCACCAGUCCAAUUAAACACUAUGCCCACUGUCCAUACGAAAAGUAUGCAUGGGUAGAGAGACACCUGGGCCCCGACUUCCUGGAGAAGGUUAUUUUGACCAGAGACAAGACAAUCGUGAGUGGAGACAUCCUCGUUGACGACAAGCCGGACAUCCUUGGGCCUGGGCAACUUGCAAUUAUUGAAAGAAACGUGAAUUCUGCUCUCUACCAGAAAAUCCUAAGGCAGAAUGUCUGGUCUUCAGUCCAUAAAUCCAACCGCGACUGGAUUAUGCAGCAAGACUCUGAUCAAAAGCAUGAGAGUGUGGAGCCCAAUCCAUCCUGGGAACAUGUUCUUUUCACUGCCUGCCACAACAAGCACCUGCCUGUCAGCACCACCCAGCGGCGCCUCCUGUCCUGGGCAGACAACUGGAGGGACAUCCUGGAGGGCAAGUGCUAGUGAGAGCCUGGUGUACCUCAUCAUGUUCUCACCAAUGGUCAACCUCAGGGGACCAGCAGGAAUAGCACAGAAGAUAGCAGUGGUGUAAGAAAUCAUUGCACUGUAACACAGUUCUUCUCUGUUUGGUCCAAAUUUCAAGCUUGAAACACUGCAUGAAAAGAAGCCAGGUUUAUAAGUAUGGGACAUAUAUGAGAGGACACAAGCCUGAGACAGUUCAUGAAAAAAAUGAGAAAGAUGCAUCAACUUGCGUAGUGACAUUUGAAAGAUGUCAUAUUCAUAUAUAUAUAUAUAUAUAUAUAUAUAUAUAUAUAUAUAUAUAUAUAUAUAUAUAUAUAUAUAUAGAUAUAUAUAUAUAUAUAUAUAUAGAUAGAUAUGGGAAACAAUCAAGGGUAGAUGAAUAUGAACAUGUCUCUGACAUGAUGCAGAUUACAUGAUGAUCAUUUAAAACAUACGAUAAUUGUGUAACAACAAUAAUUCCUUCUUAUUGUUAACUAAUCAAAAAUGAUUACUCCUUAUUGAUUUUCUUUGGAGACCCUAUAGAGGGCCAAUUUUCAUUGAACAUAAACUGCCUCAGAGCUAGAUUUUAUCACAUUUUAAGUCAUGCAUAAGAAAGGGGGAACCACAGCACUAUAUGGUUCUUUCUUGUUUUAGUGCACAAACAUACUUUUAUGGUACAGAAUACGUGUUUUGUAAAACAUUAUUAUUGAAUAUAAUUCUUUUUUUGAAAGUGCAUACAUAUAGAUAGAUAUGAAUUAUUCGCUGUAUAAAAGAUGUGUAUGAAUUUUGACACAUUAGUCAGAUUUAAAAAAUAUAUCAGCAUAAAAGUGCCUAGAGGAAAAUAUGUCACAAAGUAAGCUGAAGGUGCAUGCACUGUUUAUUAGUUACAUCCCUUAAUACACGAGUCUUUGAGCUUAAUUGUGAAUCCUGUGUGUGUGAGCACCGAGGUAGUUAUCACUACAAGCAAGAAAAAGUUUUAACCACAGUGUUCAAUGUGACCAGGGUCGGCACAUGGCAAAAAUAAUCAUGUGACCUCGUUAGAAUAUUUCCCCAUACAGUACACACAAAUAAAAUAUUGUAAUGGUGCGAUUGGACUGCUUUAACAUCUUGCUAAAUACUAUAUUACUAAAACUCUAACAGAUUUAUUAUUCACAAGCUUUUGAAUGUUAAAUAGGCUAUAAUUUUAUCCUUACACACAGAGUAAACACCAGUAGCUCUGUUCUAUACUUCUGUCUCGUAUAAACCUGGAAGGUGAAAGUUAUUUUUGUUUCUUAAAAAGUGGUCUAAAUUUGACAGCUCUCUGAUACAUGUGAGGUUCAACAUAAUUACACUGAAAACACUCUGAAGCCUUCUCUUUCCCCUCAACUACCUCUUUCAAAACUGAGUGUCUGCAAAGGAAAAGGGGCAGGGCUGAGCUUUCUGGGGCGGAGCUCAUUGCUAGAUCAAUGUAUGUAGUCAGAAUUUUAUGGCAACAUUAUGAAUAUUUUUUAAUUACAAACCACACCUUUAAGGCACGAAAAUAACAAGUACAUUACGUAUCCAAAUAAAAAUAUUGAAGCAGAACUGAUCUGCGUACAGGGAUAAAUGGUUGUAGCUCAGCAACUGUAGUUUUCUGAACUCAAACCAUCAUGGCUUCUAUAGCAGAUCCCCAGUUACAGCUUGUUGUGACUAAUCACAGCAAUUAUGUAGAUUAUUUACCGGAAGGCAAAUAAACAUUGACAAAGAGAUGGGUUUUCAGUUUAGAAGGGACUUUAAUACAUUUGCACACUCUUUUCUAAUUAGUGCGGACACUGCAUGUUUUUUAAAAAAAAGUCAGCAAGGAAAACAACAUUUAAAUAAGAUUAUGUACUGUGAACUUUGAGCCAUGAACUAAUCAUUAAUGGUUCAGCAUUGAGAGGUAAUGGUUGUUACCAUUCCGUCAUGUCAACUGUGAGAAACAAAUGUUAUGUAACUGGACUGUCACAAAUUUGAAUACCCCUGGCAUUGGCUUUAACACCGUGACACUGUAGAACCUACAUAGUGCACUAUAUACCCAAAAAAGAAACACGGUUAAUAUUCUUCACAACACUUUAAAAUCCUGAAUAGGAUCAAAUCUAUAGAUUGCAUACAAACCUAGUUACACUCUUGUAUACAAUCUGUUCCAGCUGGCAAAUGUCUGCAUUAUGAUUGCUGUAGUUUUCAUGAGUUUUCAUUUACUCAACACUGGUGCUGCUAGUUUUGUUCUACAUGUACAGAUUUAACACAAUUACGAACAGUAUUCUGCUCACCUAAGGCCUAAAUGUUCACAAAUGUUUUUUUUUUCUUUUUGAGAAAACCUUGACAUUGUAAACAGAGGUAUAUACAAGUAGGAUGAUGAUAAUCAUAAUAAUACUUAAGUGUGGAUAUAGUGAGUUGGAUUUAAUGAAUGAUUUUUAAACCUUAGGUCAGGUGGUGUUAACAAUAUAGAAAUGUACUGUACACAGAAUCCAGCCAUGUGGGUAUUCUUAACAUUUAUUUUUCUAAAUCAUUUACAUUUUUUUUAUGUUCUAACUUGAUCCACUGCGAUGUUUUAAAUCAGAAAUUGACUUGGGAUAUGGAGUGUUGACUGGUGUCAAUGGUUUAUGAGAGAAUGAUUAUAGAGAAUUUGUUUACAGUGCAAAACCACAAGCAUUUGCUGUUUAUUCAGAGCUCUAGUGUAAGACUGGCUGCUGCUGUCUUUACAUUUGCACUGCCGAUGAUGCGGCUGUGAUGUAAGUAGGACGCAAGCUGUCAGAUAUUGAUCGACAGCCAUAAUGAUCAUUAGUCUGGGUGUGAGCCAAGUGUGUGACUCACCUCAAUAAUGAACGUACUUGGUGCUCUACAUCAAUCUUGUGUGUCUGUAUGAAGUGAAACAUGAAUCAAAGCCACUCACUCAAGGUUUUAAUAAAGAAUGCAUUCAGUUUA